CCAUGAUUUUCGGUCACGUUGGAUCAGGUUAGGGUUAGGUUACGCGCGGUGUCCUCGUGCUAUAACCCCUCGUGUCUCUCGCUCGGCGAACGAGAUUGUGAGAAUUCGCGACGGCUUCGGAGGGACCAUGCGACUCAUGACAGCAGUGGGUGCUAGGCUGCCGCUGAUCCUGCGGCAGCGCGAGGCGAUCGCGCGCUCCUUCCGCGGCGACCGGUCGGCUUCGCAUCAUCAUCAUCAUCGCGCAACACCGGCGCCGAUUUACGUCAGACCGCCGCGGCUGGCGCGAACGGAGUAUCCGGGCCGCAGCAGGUCGGAGUUGCUUAGGGCCGGUCGGAUUCAUCCCGCCAUCGCGUCUGUGAGAUUUUUCUCGAAAAAGCUCUCCGACCGAGAACCCCCGAGCGAUGGCGAUGGAGAACAAUCCGGAGAUCAACCCGCUUCUCUGCCCGCAACCGUAGUGGUACCCGAGAUAUGGCCUUACGUACCGGUAAUUGCUAUCAAUAGGAAUCCAGUGUUCCCCAGGUUUAUCAAGCUAGUCGAGAUUAGCAAUCCUGUUCUGAUAGACUUGAUACGUAGAAAGAUUAAGCUGAAUCAGCCUUACGUGGGGGUCUUCUUGAAGAAAGUCGAAGAAAAUGAGGCCGAGGUCAUUCAGAGCUUGGACGAAAUUUAUCCGAUUGGGACUUUCGCCCAGGUGCACGAGGUGCAGGACCUGGGAAACCGGUUGAGAUUGGUGAUUAUGGCACACAGGAGAAUCAAGAUUGUCAACCAAAUUCUGGAGGACGCCGCUCCAAAGGCGGAACACGAGAUGAAACUGACGUUUCCGCUAUUAAAUACCACACUUACCGUCUCUGUAGACGACACGAUGACCAGUGGCAAGCAAAAUCGGAGAUCGUUGCGUAAAAAAGCAGAGAAUAGGGUUACAGAACGAGCUGAGAGAACAGAGAAGAUCGGUGAAGCGGGCGCUACGGAAGUAAAACCGCCGACGGACUCGCCCGACAAGGGUACGGAGAAACCCUUAGAUUCGUCAAUCCCUCAGUCUGGUAGUCAACCUGUAUUAAUGGUGGAAGUUGUAAAUGUCACGCAUGAAAAGUUCAAGCAAACUGAGGAGAUCAAGGCAUUGACGCAAGAACUCAUCAAAACGAUCAGAGACAUAAUCAGCAUGAAUCCUUUGUAUCGUGAAUCUCUGCAACAAAUGCUGCAUCAGGGACAAAGAGUUGUGGACAACCCGGUUUAUCUUAGCGAUUUAGGUGCUGCCUUAACUGGAGCCGAUGCACAGGAAUUGCAGGAAGUUUUAGAAGAAAUGGACAUUCUAAAAAGAUUGAGGCUGUCGCUCGCGCUUUUGAAAAAGGAAUUUGAACUAAGUAAACUGCAGCAGAAAAUUGGUAAAGAGGUUGAGGAGAAAGUGAAACAGCAACAUAGAAAGUACAUUCUUCUCGAACAAUUAAAAGUUAUUAAGAAAGAGUUAGGGCUGGAAAAGGAUGACAAAGAUGCGAUAGAAGAAAAGUACAGGGAAAUAAUAAGACAAAAGACAGUUCCUAAGCCAGUCAUGGAUGUGCUGGAAGAGGAACUGAAUAAGCUGUCCCUGACAGAAAGUCAUAGUAGCGAAUUCAAUGUCACGAGAAAUUAUCUCGACUGGCUUACGUCUAUGCCAUGGGGUGUGACGAGCACCGAAAAUUUAAGUCUUCAAGAUGCUGUCAAAAUUUUGGAUGAAGAUCACUACGGAAUGGACGAUAUAAAGAAAAGAAUACUUGAAUUUAUUGCUGUUAGUCAACUGAAAGGCAGUACGCAAGGAAAGAUAUUGUGUUUCUAUGGGCCUCCUGGUGUCGGCAAAACCUCAAUAGCCAGAUCGAUCUCUCGCGCUUUGAACCGAGAAUACUUUAGGUUUAGCGUCGGCGGAAUGACGGACGUAGCCGAGAUUAAGGGACACAGAAGAACGUACGUGGGAGCCAUGCCAGGCAAAGUUAUUCAGUGCUUAAAAAAGACGAAAACUGAGAAUCCGUUGAUUUUGAUAGACGAAGUCGACAAGAUCGGCAAGGGACAUCAAGGAGACCCGGCAUCUGCUCUUCUCGAGAUACUAGAUCCAGAACAGAAUGCAAACUUCCUGGACCACUAUUUGGACGUUCCGGUAGACUUGUCGAAAGUACUGUUUAUUUGCACGGCCAAUGUAAUAGACACUAUUCCGGAUCCCCUGAGAGAUCGUAUGGAGAUGAUAGACAUGUCCGGUUACGUUGCCGAAGAGAAGCUCGCCAUCGCGAAACAGUACUUGGUUCCACGAGCCAGGACCGAGUCUGGGCUCAGCCAGGAGCAGGUCAACAUACAAGACAACGCGCUCACGACGCUAAUCAAGUCCUACUGCCGAGAAUCGGGGGUAAGAAGUCUGCAGAAACACAUAGAGAAGGUGCACAGGAAAGUGGCGUUCAAAGUUGUCAAGAAGGAAGCCGACAGGGUCGACGUCACCGCGGACAACUUGCAGGAUUUUGUGGGCAAGCCUGUGUUCACGCACGACAGGAUGUACAACGUUACUCCGCCUGGUGUGGUGAUGGGACUGGCGUGGACCGCCAUGGGCGGGUCCACGCUGUACAUCGAGAGUACAAUCAGAAAGCCGACGGGCGGCAAAAAUGCCGAGGGUACUUUCGAGGCCACUGGCCACCUGGGUGACGUGAUGAAAGAAUCCAUGCAUAUCGCGAUGACGGUCGCGAGGAAUUACUUGAGACGGGAGGAUGCUUCGAAUACGUUUCUGUACGAUUCCCACCUGCACAUACAUGUGCCUGAAGGGGCGACCCCGAAAGACGGACCUAGCGCAGGUGUGACGAUCGCCACCGCGCUCUUGUCCCUGGCUAAAAAUCAAGCUAUCAGACAAGAUGUAACGAUGACGGGCGAAUUGAGCCUUAUGGGCAAGGUACUUCCUGUCGGCGGUAUCAAGGAGAAAGUAAUCGCGGCGAAGCGAGUCGAUGUCAAAUGCAUAAUUUUGCCCGACGAGAACAAGAAAGAUUUCAACGACCUGCCUAAAUAUAUCACCGACGGACUGGAAGUGCAUUUCGCUUCGACGUACGACGAUGUUUAUCGUAUAUGUUUCCCAAAGCCGGGCGAGGUCGAUUCUCUUCGGUCCAAACCAGUCGCCGACCACGUUUCAUCCGCACAGCCAACGUUCGGAUAAUUGCGCAUUUAGAAUUUGGAGCUCCCUAGUACACGUGUACUCCGUGUAUUUAACUUAACCGUGUUUUAACCCGUGUAAACGAAUUUAAAGAAUCUUCAUUCACGUGAAUCCGUGAACACGUGUUCACGAAUAUCCGUGUAUGUGACACGUGUAGCCGUGUAUACCUAAAUAGGGAAAUAUCUAGAGAAUUAUGUGACAAAUUCUGGAUGAAACUUGGAAUGCUGGAAUUAUGCGUACGCAUAUGUCAAACAACGUAUGCAGAAAUAGAGAUCUUUCAUCAAAUUUUGAUAAAUAUUCGCACGGGUUUACACUUAUCACACACACGACUAUACGUUUACACGUGUCACGUACACAGGUACACGUGAAUGAAGGUACCUUAAAUCCGUGUACACGCGAAUCUUAAAACACGUAUCCAAUCGACAGCGCUAAUUUAGAUACAGAUACGUUCAUAUGAAUUUCUCCUUCAUUCAAUAUUAUCGUUCCUCGCAUUAUUGAUCUGCUGUAUCACUUUGAUACCAUUUAAUACGUACAAACGAUAUAAACCAAAUGGUACAUGCAGUUCUGAUCUGCUGUUUCUUGUACAUAAAAUCUGACGAUAUAAUUGAAAAGGUAAUUUGCAUACUUAUCUAAAUAAUUUACAUUUAAAAGUAUUUUUUUAAAUUUAUCUUACCUAUUUUGUUAAAAUCUCAAACUUUAUUAUUUGCAAUUAUUUGAUUCACAGUUGGUAUGUUUUUUCCCCCUUUAGGAAAACGAUACGGAUGUAAUUAAGCUAUUCUGGGGACACAAUUAAUUUAUGUAUGUGUACAUAUAAUUAUACAAAAUAAGAGGGAGAGAAAGAGCUAACCGUAGUUAAUAUUUUAAAAAAACAAAGCUUUUUGUUACGUUACUUUGUAUGAAUGGUCACGUUUUUAUUAUUAUUUGCGAUUAUGUAAUGUAUAAAUGCAAAUAUAAGAAAAAUAAUCUUUUAUCUUUCUCAGGUCUUGUGUUUCUUCAAGAAUCGACUUUUUUCUACGACAUAAUUCAUGCGCAUCUGUGUAACCAUCGAAAAUAUUUUUCUAUUUCAAGGAAACUUGUACACAUUACUAACCCGUUACACUUACCUAGCAGAUGUGAUUUUUUUAGUGACAAUACUGUUUGAUACGACGCUGUAUGUAAACUUACAUUGUACAGAGGACAAUUUUAAUUUAAACAUUUUAUAACAUAAGCCUAUGCAGUCUGUGAUAUUCGGCGUUUAGGAUUUAAUAAAUAAAUAUAUGACAAA